UUGCACGGCUUCUGACAGCGCUCUUGGCGCCAUGUUGCUUCUGGGCGGAAGUAGCCCAUCUAAGGCUCGGCCCCUUUAAAGGAACAGAGGCGUGUACAACCUUGGGACUAGAACUGGGGUCGCCGGCUCUUUGCGGAAGCAGCGCAAUCGUUCCCUGAAGCAGUCCCUGGCUUGGAGCCCUUUUCUGGCCUAGGCUGUCUGCCCUUCUCUACCCCUGGAGGGGAAGUCUCCAGUGCCUGUGGACCUGGGAGACAUGUUCAGGAGUUCAGCAUCCAUCUCAGUGCACCUGGUGUGGCCACUCUGGGGAAGGAAGGCUGGAGCCUCACUCACCCGGUGUUUGCACCAGUCUCUCACCAUGGCCAAACAGCUGCCGGCUCGAAGGCUGGAUGGGAUCGAUCACAACCCCUGGGUGGAGAUUACCAGACUGGCCAAAGAGCAUGACGUUGUGAACUUGGGCCAGGGCUUCCCCGACUUCUCCCCUCCAGACUUCGCUGUGCAAGCUUUUCAGCAGGCCACCAGCGGGGACUUCAUGCUUAACCAGUACACCAUGGCAUUUGGUCACCCACCACUGUCAAAGAUCCUGGCAAGUUUCUUUGGCAAGCUGCUGGGGCAGGAGUUGGACCCACUCAAGAAUGUGCUGGUGACAGUGGGUGCCUAUGGGGCCUUGUUCACAGCCUUUCAGGCCCUGGUGGAUGAAGGAGAUGAGGUCAUCAUCAUAGAGCCUGCUUUUGAUUGUUAUGAACCCAUGACUCUGAUGGCUGGAGGUCGCCCUGUGUCUGUGUCCCUGCGACAGAAACCUGGUCCAAAGGGGCAGCUGGAAUCCAGCAGUGACUGGCAACUGGACCCCACAGAACUGGCCAGCAAGUUCACGCCUCGCACCAAGGCCCUGGUCCUCAACACACCCAACAACCCCUUGGGAAAGGUGUUCUCCAGGCAGGAGCUGGAGCUGGUGGCUGAGCUGUGCCGGCAGCACGAUGUCCUGUGCAUCUCUGAUGAGGUCUAUCAGUGGCUGGUCUACGAUGGGCACCAGCACGUCAGCAUCGCCUGCCUCCCCGGCAUGUGGGAACGGACCCUGACCAUCGGCAGCGCAGGCAAAAGCUUCAGUGCUACGGGCUGGAAGGUGGGCUGGGUCGUGGGCCCAGAUAGCAUCAUGAAGCACCUGCGGACUGUGCACCAGAACUCUAUCUUCCACUGUCCCACCCAGGCCCAGGCCGCAGUGGCCCAGUGCUUUGAGCGGGAGCAGCAACACUUUGGACAACCCAGCAGCUACUUUUUGCAGUUUCCCCGGGCAAUGCAGUUAAACCGAGACCACAUGAUCCGCAGCCUACAGUCAGUGGGCCUCAAGCCUUUAAUCCCCCAGGGCAGCUACUUCCUGGUUGCAGACAUCUCAGACUUCAAGAGCAAGAUGCCAGAUCUUCCUGGAGCUGUGGGGGAGCCCUAUGACAGUCGCUUUGUCAAGUGGAUGAUUAAAAACAAGGGCCUGGCGGCCGUCCCUGUCUCCAUAUUCCUCAGUCAACCCCAUAAGAAGGACUUUGAUCACUACGUCCGAUUCUGUUUUGUGAAGGAUGAGGCCACACUCCAGGCCAUGGAUGGGAGGCUGCAGAAGUGGAAAGGAGAGGCCCAGCCGUGA